AUGGAAGGUCAAUUUAUUGUAGAUAAAGAAAUUGGUUCAGGUUCCAAUAAAACAAACCCACCAGGAUUUUGGAUUGGUUUCGAUGACGCUUUCUAUGCAGUUGCUGGAUAUCAAAUCCUUGCAAAUGGUCGUAUCGUAUAUUCUCAAGACAACGCAAGAGAAGAAGCAUAUAUAACUUCAAACUCACAAACUACCGAACAAAUAAAGAAAGUCGAUGUUUUCUCAAAGACUCGACAUGAAGAUGUAUGGAGUCAUUCGGGAACAUGCAGAACAGGACAAAUUGUUAGUGGUCCAAUUACAGCAGGAAAAUCAUUUGAUUUUAAGCUUCGUUUAAGAAUUCCUGUUAGAAGAUUCCUUCCAUUAGAAGCUAUUCGAUUUAUUCCAGCUUUUGCAGGAAACAUUCAGCUUAAAGUAAAGUUCAGUAGCGACGCCUUACAAUGCACAUCUAUAUCUGUAAAUGAUAUCAUUGCUUUCAAUCCAACUCUUAAAGUUGCAUUUGCUUCAGAUUCAAAUCCACCGACAAAUAAAUUUGUUCCAUGGAAUGAACCAUUCACUAUGAUAACGAAGGCAGUAGAAGCUAGUGGAACAGUUACUAUUACAACUGUAACCCAGCAACUAUUUCGAACAAAGAUGGAUUUUAAUGAAUGUUUUAUUCAUCCAAAGUCAUUCUCUUUAGACCCUAACAUUUAUACAGAACUUGUAGAACAUUAUACAAACGAGGCUUUAUGUUUUCCUGUUAAAGUUAUGGAUUGGAUUCCUAUGGAUG